AGAGCACACAGUAAACUCCGGGAAAGCUAGAAAAAUUUCCACACUCGUUUCCAUGAACUAUGAGAAUAGAUUUCGAGUACAGUUGUGGUUGGAAUCGGCUGGUGAUGGAUUCAUUUGGAUUAUGGCCGAAGUGUCACAUGAAUUUUAUCGAGAAGAACUGGUCAUUGAUCAUAGCGAUAAUGAUUUCAAUUGUUGUAAUUAUCCCACGAUUCGCCGCCAUCUUUCUAUUCUGGAAUGAGACAGAUGCAGUUGUCCAGUCAUUCUCCACUCAAUUGCUGUUCAUGACAAUAGUCUUCAAGCUGUUAAUACUACAUUUUCGAAACGAAGUUUUAGCGGAUCUCUUGACAGCGAUGGAAGCAGAUCUAUCCCAGAGAUUAACCGAUAUUAAAUACCUGGCAGUCCUCAGAACCGCCAGAAUUGGAAGAAUAAUUUCAAUCGUCCUGACAUCCGGCACCUUCUGCAUACUCAUCACGGGCGUCAUCGCCACGAAAUUUUAUCACUUGGAUAGCCUUUACAUAAAGAAUCCCGAUCCCCGACUAUCACUGAAUUUCUUCUGGGUCACCUAUCUUCCAUUCAGCACGGAAAAUACCAUCAGUUACGUAACAGUGUUGUCCCUGCAAUUGUUGGCUUCUUUGAUGGCUGGAUUUUACUUCAUCUUCGAUGGUUUCGUUGUAAUGCUCAUUCUCCAUGUGUGCGGACAGCUGCAACUCAUUCAGAUAUCAUUGCAACAUUUGGUUGACAAUCUCCCUCUCAUCAGGGAUUUACGUGUGACCCUGAGGAAAAUUAUGGAGCACCAUCAAAGGAUGCAUCGAUUCGUCAGCAGCAUCGAUCAAUGUUUCAACAUGAUGUGGUUCCUUGAAUUGACCAGCUGCACACUCACCUUCUGUUUCCAGGGUUAUAUUCUCCUGAAGCUUCUGCGCGCAGAUCAGUCAAGCACCUUCCAGAUGAGCUUUCCAGUCUGCGCAGCCAUUGGUCUGCUCAGCAAAUUUUUUCUCAACUGUUGGGCUGGCGAAUACCUCAUCUCACAGAGCUCAGAGAUUGGAUCCGCAUUUUAUGAAGCUCAAUGGUACAAGCUGGUACCAUCGGACGCUCGUUCAUUGAUGAUGAUUGGCCACAAAAAGAUACGACCAUUCACCUUGAGCACCGCGAAAUUCUCUGUUCUAUCAUUCAGGCUCUUCGUUCAGAUGCUGAAAACUUCGGGCAGCUAUUUGUCAAUGUUAUUAGUGGUGGCGGAAUCCUAGAACAAAAAAUUUAACGAGUCAUACAGGAAUAAAAUCUACUAUAACUGAAUCACCAACGAGACUUGUCACUUUUCAGACGGGCUUUCUAUUUAAAGAAUAUUUCAGCGAUUCCAUUAUUUUGCCGGACUGAAUUCCCAUCAUUUCAUUUCGCAAAUUGACUUAUAGAAAAUUUCUAAUGUAG